AUGACCGGACUCACGCUGCAGUCGACUUAUAAGUUGGUGUCUGGGUUUGAUAUCCCGGUUGUUGGGUUUGGUGUCUACCAGACACCACCCGAUGUCACUGAGAAAGUCACUUUGAAGGCACUGGAAGUGGGAUACCGCCAUGUUGACUGCGCCAAGGUCUACCGGAAUGAGAAGGAGAGUGCUGCGGCAAUCCGCAAGUCCGGUUUGGAUCGGUCGCAGAUCUUCUACACCAGCAAGGUCCCGUCGUCAUACAUGGGCUACGAGAAGGCCAAGCAAGCCAUUGAGGAGAGCAUUGCUGCGGCCAACAUCGGAUACAUUGACCUUAUGCUAAUCCACGCCCCCUACGGCGGCAAGGAAGCCCGCCUGGGCACCUGGCGUGCCCUGGUGGAAGCGCAAAAGGCAGGCAAGGUCCGCUCCCUGGGUGUUUCCAACUUUGCUAUUCAGCACCUGGAGGAGCUGGAUGAGUACAUCAAGAGCGGAGCCGGUGGCCAGAUCACCGUCGGCCAGUACGAGAUUCACCCCUGGUGCCCGCGCGAGGAUAUCGCCGAGUGGCUCAAGAAGCGCAAUAUCAUUGUUGAAGCGUAUUCGCCCCUCGUGCAGGCAACUCGUAUGAAGGAGCCCGUUCUGGAGAAGCUGGCUCGGAAGCACAGCAAGACCCCUGCUCAGAUCCUGAUCCGCUGGAGCUUGCAAAAGGGUUACGUGCCCCUGCCCAAGUCAGUGACCGAGUCGCGCAUCCUGGAUAACUCGCAGGUCUUCGACUUCAGCCUGUCGGAGGAGGAUAUGGCCACGCUGAAGCUGAAUGAGUACGCGCCCGUGUGCUGGGACCCGGUUCGGGACUGCAAGAUCUAA